GCCAUAACUCCAUGAAAAAAAAUGUGGAAACCACUAAUUCUCCCUUCAAUUCAGUAACAAAAAUGCCUGAAGCAGAUGCAUACAUAUACUAUAAUACCCAUGAAAGCUUGUCUUUUAAGCGGGACCUACAUACACCUUCCACCCAAUCAUUCUCCAUUACUUUUCAUUUCUCUGGCUUUCUUCUUGUAUUAGAAUAUUACAGUGUUUUCUGUUCUCAAGAUCUUGCCAUCUGACUGACAAACAAGUGUUCACUAAAUUGCCUGUUAAGAGUAACUGCAAAAAAUGAACUGGGAAAUGGAAUUCUUGUCUCCUGCACCAUAUCUGAGUUCCUCAAAUUGGUUUUCUGAGGAGAACAAGGGGACAAAAUGGACAGCUGAAGAGAACAAAAGGUUUGAGGAUGCUCUUGCAUUAUUUGACGAGGAAGCUCCAGAUCGAUGGUACAGUGUUGCAGCUAUGAUCCCUGGAAAGACUAUAAUUGAUGUGAUCAAACAGUACAAGGAAUUGGUAGAAGAUGUUACGCAUAUAGAAGCAGGGUUAAUCCCAAUACCAGGCUAUACCAAUCAUAUUAAUUCUUUCACAUUGGACUGGGUGAAUAGCCAUGGUUAUGAUGGAUUAAAACACCUAUAUGGUCCGGGAGUGAAGAGGAAUUCAUCGACUCGUUCUUCUGAUCAUGAAAGGAAAAAGGGAGUUCCAUGGACUGAGGAAGAACACAGGCAAUUUCUGUUGGGGCUCAAAAAGUAUGGAAAAGGAGACUGGAGAAAUAUCUCUCGGAAUUUCGUAACGACGAGGACUCCAACUCAAGUUGCAAGUCAUGCUCAGAAAUACUUUAUCAGACAGCUUUCUGGAGGGAACGAUAAAAGAAGAUCCAGUAUACAUGAUAUAACAACUGUCAAUCUUACAGAAACUGAAUGGAAGUCACCGGAAAAAGAUAGGCCUCAUUCACCGGAUAAACAGACUUCAAAUACGAACGCCAGGAUUAAAGUAGAAUAUGAUUCUAAUUUGCCAGACCAAGGAAUCAAUCUGUCAAAUUGCAGCUUAAUCAGGACUCAUCUUGGAGGGAGUGCUCCAUUUGGAUUAAAUCUACAUGAUCUUCAUAUGCAGAGUGUCACAUCGACUGGAUUCGAGUUAGGACAUCCUGGUACAAUUUUUCAGAUGUAGAGACUAGUGAUUUCAUAAUGCUGCUACAAGAAUGGAACAAAUCUGUAGGUGUUGCAAGAUUUUUCUUUGGAAUAUUCUUGAUCUCCAUUGGCAUUAUUAUGUCUAUAUUUAUCAGAAACUAGGAAACGCGCACUUGUUAAUAAGUUAUAUAAUCGGACUCGAGUUACCUUAAUUUAAGAGUUCUGUAUUGUUAAGGGUUUCAAGAUGCUGAAUUAGGAGAGACACGUGGUCAAAUAAACCAUCCUUUUUAAGUUCCCAGGUAUGUAAAACUCCGGCUAGACGAAGCUUUCCUUAGAAUGAGUUCAGAGCUACGAAAAACGUUGAGCAAUAAAGCUGCUACCAGUGCUUUUAUCAAUA